AUGGCCGCGGUGCUUCCAGCCAGCAGCAGCACGGAGCCUCAGCACAGCCUCUGCACCCACAACAGCGUGGGCAGCACCUGGCUUCCACGUGAGGAGCCCUGGGGUCGCAGGAACUCCAUCCCACCCACGCAGGCGCCCACCGCCAGGCACAUGCUGGCCUACCUGCCACGGCCACCCACCGACACCAGCCGCUAUGGCACCUUCCCCCAGAAGCCCGAAGUCCCAGCUGCCCCCGUGCUUCUCGCAGAUGCUGCUGCUGAGAGAAGUGUCCUGGUUCCAAACGACCUCUUUUCACCUUGUGGCACCGAUGUUCCUAGCGACCCAGCUCCCACGCAGAGCUGUGUAGACUCGGAAGCCAUGGGAUCCACCAGGCGCUGGCCCAGUGUCUCCAUUACCACCAGCGACGUGCCCAAGCACCGCCGGGCCUCACGCCAAGACCACCCGCCUGUGCUGCGUGACGGCGCCUCUCGCUGGUACCCACGGCACAACCGCAGCGUGCCCAGCAUCCUCAGCCCCACACAGAGCAGGACGCCCAACCGCAGCAUCGUCUCCAUCCCUGCCUCUGAGAGGUUGCAGAGCCGGCGUUGCAAGCUGAUAGAGGACGAGCGGCCGCUGGGUCUGGCCGGCAAGCAGCGGCGCCAGCGCUACGUCACCAAAGUGGGCAAGUGCCAAGUGAACCUGGGCAACAUCCAGGAGAAGAAGAGGUUUCUCUCGGACAUUUUCACCACUAUUGUGGACCUCAAGUAUCGCUGGUUUCUCUUUGUUUUCAUGAUGUGCUAUAUUGUCACCUGGCUUGUCUUCGGCACCAUCUAUUUCUUUGACGCGUGGAUAAGGGAUGACGUCAACCACAUCGGGGACCCAGAGUGGAAGGCGUGCAUCGAGAACGUGGACAAUUUCAUAUCUGCCUUACUCUUCUCUGUGGAAAGUCAGAGGACCAUUGGCUACGGCUCCAGGAUCGUGACAGCCAACUGCGCUGAGGGCGUCAUCCUGCUGAUGGCGCAGUCCAUCAUCGGGUCCAUGAUUGAUGCCCUUAUGGUGGGGUGCAUGUUUGUCAAGAUCUCCAGGCCCAAGAAGCGUGCCCAGACCUUAAUCUUCAGCAAAAAUUGUGUCAUCUCCCACAGGGACGAGAAGCUCUGUCUGAUGUUCCGCAUCGGGGACCUCCGGGAGAGCCACAUGGUGGAUGCAAAAAUAAGAGCCAAGCUGAUCAAAUCCCGACAGACCAAAGAAGGGGAGUUCAUCCCCUUGGAGCAGUCGGAGCUGAACUUAGGCUACGAUACAGGGGAGGACAGGUUGUUCCUGGUGGAGCCCCAGAUCAUCUGCCACGUCAUCAACCAGCACAGCCCCUUCUGGGACCUGUCGGCAGAGUCACUGAAGAGGGAGCAGUUUGAGAUCAUCAUCAUCCUCGAGGGCAUUGUGGAAGCUACGGGGAUGACGUGCCAGGCCCGCACCUCCUACACCGAGGACGAGAUCCUGUGGGGGUACCGCUUCGAACCCUGCAUGUCCCUGGAGAAAGGCGCCUUCCGCGUGGACUACAGCCGCUUCGAGCUGACCUUCGAGGUGCAGACCCCAGCAGUGAGUGCCAGGGAGAUGCAGGAGAUGGCAGAGCUGGAGCGCCAGGACCGCUCCACACCCAGCCUGUGCUGGGAGCUGCUGCCGCAGCCCUGCGGGUCCUGA